ACUGUCAAAUGAAAAGCAAUAAGAAUAAUACAAAAUAAUUGGUUUCGGGUCAGUUGUGAAAAUGAACGCAUACACGGUGUCCGGUAAAGUGGAUCUGAAGAAGACAAGUUUUCAGGAAUCCUUCAAAUCGAUAUCUAAAAACACAGACCAACGCAAAUCGAGCUUGCCUUUUGCUGAAGAAGCCACCCCAGCAUGCAGUCUCGGUGUGAGCGGAAUUUCGUACACGGUCAGCGAGCGAGUGGGCCCCUGGUGGGAUAUACCCUCCUAUCGUAAGAAAUGGACCCGGCAGAUCCUCAAAGACGUCUCCUUCUAUGUGGAAAGUGGGCAGAUCAUGGGCAUCUUAGGGAAUUCUGGCUCUGGGAAGACCACCCUUCUGGAUGCGAUAGCGGGGCGGCUUGGGAGCACGGGGACACUGCUAGGAGAUGUGUAUGUGAACGGGGGCAAGCUGAAGAGAGAGCAGUUCCAGGACUGCUUCUCAUACGUUCUUCAGAGCGAUAACCUGCUGAGCUACCUGACGGUGCAGGAGACUCUAACGUACACAGCCCAGCUGGCACUCCGAAAACACUCCCCUGAAGCCAUCCGGAAAAAGGUGGCCUCUGUGAUGGCGGAGCUCAGUCUCAGCCACGUGGCCGGGAACGUCAUUGGAGGCCGCGUCUUCCCAGGGAUCUCCAGCGGAGAGAGGAGACGUGUCUCCAUUGCCAGCCAGCUCUUACAGGACCCCAAGAUCCUUUUACUGGAUGAACCAACCACAGGAUUGGACAGCAUGACAGCCAAUCAGAUUGUAGUUUUGCUUUCGGAGCUGGCCCAGAAAGACAGGAUCGUUAUCGUGACGAUUCAUCAACCCAGAUCUGAGCUCUUCAGAGUCUUCAGUAGGAUUGCUAUCAUGAGCUGUGGAGAGCUGGUGUUCUGUGGAGAGCCUGAGGAGAUGGUCCAGUUUUUCAGUGGCUGUGGUUACAUGUGUCCGGAGUACUGCAACCCAUUCGACUUGUACGUGGAUCUCACAUCGGUCGACACCAGGUCUAAAGAGAGAGAGAUUGAAACCUACAACCGAGUCCAGGCCAUCACCUCCUCCUAUCAGAGCUCGGACACCUUCCUCCAGAUGCUGGGGAACGCGGAGAAGACGCGCCACCUGAAACAGCAGCCGCCCAUCCCCUUCAAGAGCAAAGAGUCACCCAGCGGCUUCUCCAAACUCUGGGUCCUCUUUAGGCGGACAGUGAGGAAUCUAUCGAGGGACAGGAUGGGGGUUCUGAUGCGUCUGUCCCAGAACCUCAUCUACGGGCUGUUUGUGUCAUUCUUCCUCAUGAAGCUGGACAAUGACGUCUUGAAAGGGGCAGUGCAGAAUCGCAUAGGGGUCAUCUACCAGUCUAUGGGGGCAUCACCCUACACUGGCAUGCUGAAUGCUGUGGCCUUGUUUCCGGCUUUGAGAGCUAUCAGCGACCAGGAAAGCAAAGACGGCCUCUAUCAGAAAUGGCAGGUGCUCCUGGCCUAUAUAUUCCACAUCCUCCCAUUCAGCAUCAUCAGCGUGGCCAUCUUCUCAUCCUUUCUGUACUGGACAGUGGGGAUGUACCCUGACCUGACCCGCUUCGCCUGCUUCUCCGCUGUGAUCCUGGUGCCCCAUGUGGUGGGUGAGCUGCUAGCCCUUGUCCUGCUGGGGGUCGUCCAGAACCCCAAUCUCGUCAACAGCGGAGUGGCUCUGCUCAACAUCGCCGGCAUCAUGGCAGGCUCCGGCUUCCUCAGGAGCUCCCAGGAAAUGCCGAAGCUCUUCCAGUGGCUGAGUUACCUCACCUUUCAGAAAUACGGCUGUGAGCUGCUGAUCGUCACAGAGUUUUACGGCUUGAAUUUCACCUGUGGUGGGGAGACAAACAGCAGUGUUGGUGGCGUUUACCCCUGUGACAUCAGGCAGGGCAUCGAGUUUAUAGAUCGCGAUUACGCUGGAGCCCCGUCCCGCUACACCCUGGACUUCCUCAUGCUGUACGCCUUCCUGCCCGCCCUCGUCAUCCUCGGGGUCAUCAGCUUCAAGAUCAGGGAUUACAUAGUGCAGCGGUAACAGCAGCAGCUAUGCCCCCACUGCAGUGAUCCACGCAAUGCUUCCACUGCCCCAGACUGCACCCAGAGUGUGGGUGCUGGACAUGUAACUAGUAAUUCUGCAUUCAAAUUAGGAAUACAAUCUUGUGGGAGGACAGUAAUCUUAUGGAACACAAGCAAUAGAUGUUAUUUACACUGGUUUGAAAGGACACAAAUGAAAACUGCACGAUUGCGUGUUUAGCAGUACAAAAUAAUCUGAAGUCAUUUCACACCUGAAAGAAAUAGAGAGAUGACCGAUGUUAACAAUCAUGCCUGAUUUCUGGGACAUGUUAUAAGAAGGAAUGAUACCUAUUGGGAUUCUCCAACCAUGUGGAGGAGAGGAACCACUGAUGUUAUUCAGGCUGGUCUGAAAAUACAACAGAUUAUAAGAAACAAUCAGUUUAUGUUUUUAAACUUUGUGUGUUUGGUAAUGUAUGCAGUAUGAAUAUAUCACUGUGUGAACUCUACCAGCACACUGAGUCAUAUUGCAAUGCUGUCAUGUGCUGGUCUAAUGGUUGCAUAGUGAGUACACUGUUUGAAAUCCCAGCCCAGUUGUUGCUCCCCUUUAGCCUCAAUCCAGCAUCAGAGUGUUGUUGCUCAGGUUAUCAAUUGUAAAUAAAUGUAAAAAAAUAUAUAUUAAACAAUUAUUAAAUAAAAAUGUUUUAUUAUUAUGAA